CCUAAAGGAGUGAGGUCACAUUGACGACAGAAUUUUGAACUUGUAGGAGUGAAAGGGCAGCUGGAUAUUGCCACUAACUUGGAAUGGUAAAGUGAAGUCCGUCCUGCUGGUGUGAUGUUAUGCAUCAGUUUGGCUGAAGCUAAAUUUUGCAGUUUGAAAAGAAAAAAUGUUUUGCCAAAGUAUAUGUCGUGUUUACAUAAAAAAGGGAUACAUCACAAUAAUUAACUUCUUUUGAAUGUUUCUGUAAUUUAACAUUGUCAGAAUGCUGGAAUCUGAAGUUUGAUCUUUUUCUUUUGACUUUCCGUGUUUAUAAACAUCAGUUGGUUUGUACAUAGGCAGUGUCGGUACUUGUAACCAUAGGCAUGUUUGUAUACAUAUCUGUGCUUGUAACUAUUGUAAACAUGCAAAACUGCAUACACACACUGGGGAGGGGGUGUCAGCAAUCCUUUUAGUGAAAGGUUAAUAUUUCCUGUUUAAUCAAAGGCAAAUGUAGUACAUUUAAAUAUUAUGAAUAAAUGUGUCGUAUAUUAAGUAAAAGUACCAAGUGACAUGACCCAACUUGGGCUGUAUUCCUUCUAUUCGACCAUUUUGACACUGCCCAUGGAUGGGGCUGGGUCGUUGUAAAGUUUGCAAGGACGUGUAAUGGAACUUGAGCGAUCGAACUUGACAUUUUCCAACUUUCUUCACUGUAAAAAAAAGUUUAACUUUCGGACGUUUAAGGCAGGUCUCAUUAUUUUUCUACUGAUUACAUCAACCCACAUCAGAGGUCAUGCCGGCUGCGCCGAUAAAGUCGACGCGAGUGGGGUGCUGCUUGCUGUAGGGUCGGACGCCGGCGGUUGAGACCAAGCUGUCACAUGCUGCGGAACCGCUGCGAGAAGCGGACACACGGGAUGAGGAAUUGAAAAGACGAAAGUAGUUAAUUAUGUGGGAAACGUUUUUCUACUAAACAUAGUGAAAGCAUAUAGUAUUUUUUAAGUUGUGGCUCGUGAAGCACGCGCUGGACUAACCUUACCAUUUGACUGAGGCAACAUUUAAAGCCGACCACGGACCUGUUACUGUUAGGUGCGGCCGAUAUUGUUUUAACAACUUAAGGCUCUACCAGGAGGAGAAACCCGUCAGGUCAUUAGACUACCGGAUUUACGGCUACCAUCAAGUAAUCAUGGUUACCACAAAGGGAACAAGUCUUAACCCCAAUGCCAAAGUAUGGCAGGAGAUCCCCGCCCAACAGAAUGACGUCUCAUCAGGACUACAGGAUUCUUCUUCUUGGAUGCAGGCAUACUCCUCUCCAGCCGAAAUGACUGAAGGUUCCACAGAUGGUUCCUCUCCAGACACUAAAGGUUAUUACUCUGACUAUCUGGAUAGUACUGGUGACUUUUCUGCUGUACUCCCUUGUACCAUGCAAAACGUGGAACAGCCUGGCUUGGGUUAUUUAUUGUUUGACGCACAAAGCAACUCUGCCACAGAUAUUGAAGUGUGUAAGGAACAAAUUGUGACAGAAGAGAGCUUGCGAGAUACUUUAAAGGAACGACUGGAGUUCUGCUUUUCUAGAGAGAACCUGUCUAAGGACCUGUACCUGAUUUCCCAGAUGGAUAAUGAUCAGUUUGUUCCUAUCUGGACUGUUGCUUGCAUGGAAGACAUCCAAGCUCUCACUACUGAUAUGGAUCUAAUUCUGGAUGUACUUAAAGCUUCUCCCCUGGUGCAGGUUGAUGAAGCAGGUGAGAAGGUCAGACCGAACCACAGUCGCUGUAUCAUUAUUCUGAGAGAAGUGCCAGAAACUACCCCACUUGAGGAAGUCGAGGCUCUUUUUAAGAAUGAAAACUGUCCAAAAGUGCUAAGUGCUGAGUUUGCUCACAACAGCAGCUGGUAUAUUACAUUUCAGUCAGACAUGGAUGCUUUAAAAGCAUACAGAUAUCUACGAGAGGAAGUUAAGACGUUCCAGGGCAAACCCGUUAUGGCCCGCAUUAAAGCCAUUAACACAUUCUUUGGAAAGAAUGGCUUCCGCAGCGUGGACUCCGGCGUGUACCAGCAGCAAGCCCAGUUUGCCUCCCCGGUUUACAUGCAGCAGGUGUAUAGCUCUCAGCAGCAGUAUCCGGUUUAUCCUGUGGUGUCUCCUACAUGGAGUCCUCCCAUCAUUCCACACUUUGAAACUCCACUGGCAACUUUUCCCAACAAUGGAUUCAUGAAUGGCUACAGCAACAAUGGAAGCUACAAAGGAAACUCGAGCUCUGUCGGUGGGCCUCGUUCCACAGGAAGGAACAGAAACCAUCUAAAGGGUCCUUCCAGACCCGAGGAUGUCACCCCUUCUACUGUGGCCCCAGCAACAGUGAUAAAUUGCAUUUCUGGUCCCUUGAGUUCACAGGACCUCUCAUCAUCAAAGACCCCCUCUGUUGCUACGUCACAGUCUGGCUCGCUCUCCCCCUUUGAUCUUAAAGCAACUUCGUCCCUGGCCUCCAUAUCAAGUAGAGAUCGGAUGGGACGGGACAGGAGAAGCAACCAUAGAGGAAAUCGGAGGAAAAGAGAAGAUGAGCAGACCUUGAAACCCGUCCCUCUGAUGGAGGUCAAGGCCCCCCCUCCUAACUUUGACCUGGCAGCUUCCAGCUUCCCUCCUCUGCCAGGAUCAGUGGUUGCUGUGCACGGAGAGGCGGUGGCAGAGGUGCGCCUUUCUGAUGUAGUACGUGGCCUAAAGACUUCAACCAAGACUGGGAUAAAGGAGGACAAGUCAUCACAAAAUACCAAAGACUCAGAAAGUCAUGGAAACACACAAGAUUCUGUGAGUUUGGAGGCUAAACCCACUCCUGUUACAGUUCAAACAGAAGCUCCACAAGCAUCAAGUACUAGAACACCUGCAGUAAAAGAAGACAAACCUGAACCUCCAAAGGAAGAAAUCUCCACGUCCACACAACCUGAAUCUGCUGCAGCUUCAAAACAAAGUCCCACAACAUCGAAUCAGUCUGUCACAGAAAACCCCGUUCUCUCAUCUCCAACAUCAGAACAGGCACAAAGGAAGCUCAGUUAUGCAGAGGUGUGCCAGAGACCAGCCAAAGACCUGCCUCCCGCCCCUACUGCCACAUCAGACAACCAACCACUACAAGAACUCAAGGUCAAUACUGUUGAGGAGGUUCGACCCACCUUAAGGCAAGCUCCAGAAAAGUCUGGAGAUAAACGGCCUCCCCGACAGCCUUCACGUGCCUUCAGAGGGCCUCCUGGCCACACCAGAGUGAGAGGUUAUGGGAUGAAGAUGAGGGAGAAUCAGAGGGGGAAAUGGUUUUCUUCACAGCAGGGAGGCAAACACAGUGGAAAGGAGCAGAACAUUCCCCCCACCUCACCAAAAUAACAGAAAAAACUUUUAAGACAACCUCAAAUCAAAUCUAUAUACGUGUAAAUAUAUAAAAUAUGUAAAUAGACAAAUGAAUAUAUUUUGACAGGUGUGGUCAAAGAAUUGCUGCUAAUUAGAAAUUAUUUCUUCAAUGAAAAAACAUUUGGACAGACAGGGUUUCCUGAAAAGAUCAAUGCUCAACAUUUAUCAGGUCUUUGUUUAGCAGCCCUACUUUGGUGUUUAUGGCAUCUGGUUGCAGUUUAUUGCAGGAAUUUCUUUUAGUCUGGAAUAGUUGCUCAAAUUUUUGCUGCAGAAAUUUAUUUGACUGUAAAAAGUUUGUAUGUUGGAAUCCUUUAGGAUCAUUAACUUUAGAAACUUGAAGGCGAUGCUUGGAGAAAAAAAAACUGAGUCUUGUACAGAAAUUGCUGGCCAUUACUUUGGCAAAUGUUUUGUUUGUGUACUAAUCUGGUGUUCUAUAGUCAUGCUGAUGAAUAUUAGACAAAUAUGAUUAACAUGAUGGUUUACCUCUACUGGAUCCGCUGUAGUGUUGAAAGUUUGUGAACCUGUCAUACAUCUUACCAAAUUCUGAUCUAAACAAAAUUUCUAAAAAUUUGGAAAAUCCUAAAAAUAACUUAUUGAAAAAAACUGUAUUUUUUUUUAAAGAUAGGGAUUUAAAAAUAUAUAUAUUUUGACUUAGUUGUUUAGUCUAUUGAAACUUUUCAUAGAACAGCGUGAGUACUUAGUCUUAUUUCAUGUGUUUUAUUUCUUUCCCUUCACCUCCAUAAUUGAAUGCAUCAAGUCUAAACUAUGACACUGCCAUCACCGUGUAUCAAUACCAGAACACAGCUCUAAUGCUGGAAACUAAUCUUUAUUUGUGUUUAACCGUUCUCACUUCAACAAGAGAAGGUUUUUUUUUUCUAAGUUGGAGUUUCAUUUUCAUAAACUUUAAAACAUUUACGUUAAUGAUUUACUGCUCAGGAAUAAUCCACUGUAGCAAUGUACCCUACGAUGGUCAAGUCUUUAACUUGACCUGCUAACUUGUGCUGACUUUGACGGUAGCAAAACCUUUACUGGGAUGAAAAGGGACAACCGAACAGCUCAUACUGUAGUCAGCUCUCAAGAUCUCUGAAACUUAUGCCAUGGACAUUUUUGGACUGGAAGGAAACUGGAGUCCCCAGAGAAACACGGAAAGCGCCCAGCCAACGUUUAGUCCAGACGUUAUUUUAUUAUUAUUUUUUAAUCAAAACCUUUUAAGGUAGACUAGCGUCUAUAAUUGAAUUAGUGGUAUUGCUUUUUAGUGUCUUUCUUUAGAUGGGACAUGAGCUCUACGAAUGUAACCCUUGAAAAGCUUCAAUUAUACUUUUUGUCCUUUGUUCCUGAAUGUGUGUAGGGGUGAACUUGAUACAACUUGUGUUCUGGAUCGUUGUGUUGAGUGUCAAAUGAUUGUACAAUUAACCAACUUUUUUUUUUGUUACCGUAUUCAGGGUUUCUUGCAUAUCUGUAAAUUGUGUUGACUGGUUUGUGUGUAACAACUGAGGUGGAUAGAACUGUUAUCCUGCAUGUAGUGUCUGUAAAUGAAAUGCACUUAAUUUGAUCUUGAGACUUAGAAUGGUUAAACAAGUAAAACAGAAUAUUGCACGUGAAUGUUGUGCAUAUUUUUUCCUCAUCUGUGUUAUGAUAAUCUGUUUUGAGUCAUUUUAUUUGUGGGAAAUUGGCGUGCAGUGCAGCCUUUUGUGGAUGUCUGCCCUAACUCCCAGUGCCUUUACAGGGUGUCCUUUUUGUCCAGUUUAGAAUUGCAAGUGAAUAUUCAUAAAUUACUGCAAGGCUUUUUAAUUUGGUGUUUGAUAACAUUUAUUCUAGUUAAAAUAUUUAUUGCACCCUGGAGGGCUCACUGGCAUCAGUUAAAGUAAGGCAUCAUUUGUGUCCAUAGAUGUGCAUCGUCUCCAUGACUUAUUUUGGAAAUUUGUCAAUUCUAACUAAACUGAUAACUGAGGCUGGAGAAGAAAAAUAAAUUACGUAAACCCCUUUAAAAA